GAGCGGGAGGAGCCGGAGAUGCUGCCAGUCCUCCUGGGGCCGCGCUCGCUCAGCCGCCGCCGCCGCACGGAGCAGCCGGGAGCAGGGAGCCGCGGGCCGGGCCAGCCGGGCGGCUGGGGUCGAGUGCGCCGCGCUCGCAACCGGUAGCGCCGUCCGCGCUCGCUGGACUGCCGCGGGGCCCGAGGCCGUUCCGCGGAGGGGGCGAGGGCGGCGCCCAGGCGCCCGCCGCCCCGGAGGCAGGAUGAGCAUCGAGAUCCCGGCGGGACUGACGGAGCUGCUGCAGGGCUUCACGGUGGAGGUGCUGAGGCACCAGCCGGCGGACCUGCUGGAGUUCGCGCUGCAGCACUUCACGCGCCUUCAGCAGGAGAACGAGCGCAAAGGCGCCGCGCGCUUCGACCAUGAGGGCAGGACUUGGGGGGACGCGGGCGCCGCCGCCGGUGGUGGCACCCCCAGCAAGGGGGUCAACUUCGCCGAGGAGCCCCUGCACACGGACUCCGAAAACGGGGAGGAGGAGGAGGAGGAGGAGGCGGCGGUCGCGGACGCGGGGGCGUUCAACGCUCCAGUAAUAAACCGAUUCACAAGGCGUGCAUCAGUAUGUGCAGAAGCUUAUAACCCUGAUGAAGAAGAAGAUGAUGCAGAGUCCAGGAUUAUACAUCCAAAAACUGAUGAUCAAAGAAAUCGAUUGCAAGAGGCUUGCAAAGACAUCUUGCUGUUUAAGAACCUUGAUCCGGAGCAGAUGUCUCAAGUAUUAGAUGCCAUGUUUGAAAAACUGGUCAAAGAAGGGGAACAUGUGAUUGAUCAAGGUGAUGAUGGUGAUAACUUUUAUGUGAUCGAUAGAGGAACAUUUGAUAUUUAUGUAAAAUGUGAUGGUGUUGGAAGAUGUGUUGGUAACUAUGAUAACCGUGGCAGUUUCGGUGAGCUGGCCUUAAUGUACAACACACCCAGAGCAGCUACCAUCACGGCGACCUCUCCCGGUGCUCUGUGGGGGUUGGACAGGGUAACCUUCAGGAGAAUAAUUGUAAAAAAUAAUGCCAAAAAGAGAAAAAUGUAUGAAAGCUUUAUUGAAUCUCUACCAUUCCUUAAAUCUUUGGAAGUUUCUGAACGCCUAAAAGUGGUAGAUGUGAUAGGCACCAAAGUAUACAACGACGGAGAACAAAUCAUUGCUCAGGGAGAUUUGGCUGAUUCUUUUUUCAUUGUAGAAUCUGGAGAAGUGAAAAUUACUAUGAAAAGGAAGGGUAAAUCAGAAGUGGAAGAGAACGGCGCGGUGGAGAUUGCUCGGUGUUCUCGGGGACAGUACUUUGGAGAACUGGCUUUGGUGACUAACAAGCCUCGAGCAGCUUCUGCACACGCCAUUGGGAUGGUCAAAUGCUUAGCCAUGGAUGUGCAAGCAUUUGAAAGGCUUUUGGGACCUUGCAUGGAAAUUAUGAAAAGGAACAUCGCCACCUAUGAAGAACAGUUAGUUGCCCUGUUUGGAACAAACAUGGAUAUUGUUGAAUCCAGUGCAUGAAGCAAAUGUAUGGAGCAAGAAGACCUGUAGUGACAAAAUUACACAGUAGUGGUUAGUCCACUGAGAGUGUGUUUGUGUAGAUGCCAAGCAUUUUCUGUGAUUUCAGGUUUUUUCCUUUUUUUACAUUUACAGUGUACCAGUAAACAGAGUAGUGAUUUAAUAGUCAAUAGGCUUUAACAUCACUUUCUAAAGAAUAGAUCAAAGAAAUAUCAACAUACUGAUUAAAUGACUUUAUACUCCACAAAAUUGUGAUUUGACUGAAAGGUUUAUUCAAAUGAUUGUAAUAUAUUGAAAGUAUGUGUUGAAGAAGAUAAUUAAAGGAUGUCACCAUAGGCGAUGUGCUCAUUCUGACUUCCUCGGAUUGAUGUGUGUCAGUGACUAUGCCCAUGUUAAGAGAGGACUGGCAGGGAACCAUUCCCUACAGUAUGCAUCACGUUCUUUUUACAAUGCAUUAUAUAUAGUAAGUACAAUUUUAGUUAUUUUUGUUUUAAAGUUUUUCUGGCUUGAUAAGUUAUGUGCUGGCCUUUAGCCUAUUGGUGAAAUGGUAUAAAACAUCAUAUGCAAUUUUAAAACCUUUUAUAUUUUUGCAAUAAAGUACAUUGACUUCUUUGACAUAAUGUCAGUAACAUAUAUUCCAGUGGUUUUAAAGGACAGGUAAUUUAGUCAUUAUGAUAAUAGGGAAGAGCCUUUUUACGUGACAUGCUUCAUUUCCUCAUAAAGCAUAUACCCCUGCUGCCUUUCAUUUUUCAGUUCUCUGUACUAUCUUUAAAAAUUUGAGCGACAUUUCAUUAUCACAAAUAGUUGUUUUAAAAUACUAUUUAAACUUGUCUUCUAAAGCCUAAGAUCUUAUAUAUAACUAAAAAAAAUCUCUCCUAUACUAAAAAUAUUUUGGGGUCCUUACCAACAUGCCCACAAGGUAUUUCUUUGUUCUUCACUAGGUGUGUACAUAAUACGAUUUUUCAUAGACAUCUGUUCCCGUGUUUCCUCCAAGGAGGCAGGUAUAGAUUUUUAUAAGCAAAACCAUAUAUAAAGACAAAAAGAAUUUCUGCCCAUUCCAAAUAAAACAUCAGGCCUUGCCGUUUGCUUUAAUGUAGACUCAAAAGUGUGGAAUGAAUUCAGUAUUUUGAUAAUUGACAUGCUUACUAUUCUCUGGAAGAUGCAUUUAUAUCCAACCAAAGCAAUAUAUUCUUUGAUGUCUAGGCGCACAGGACCCCAGUGUCUAGACAGAUUAAUUCUAACCCCAGUUGUUCACUUUUAAAUGAGUAGUUUCAUUUUGGGAAACAUGUUUCAAAGAAAUACAUACAUGGGUAAAAAUAUUCUGUGCCUAGUGUGGUCUUAAUUAGAGAAUGUUUAUGGUCUUACUUGUAUAAUGAAAAUGUGGUUAAAAUAUAUCUCCAAUUACGUAUAUAUGAGAAGUACGUGAAGUGUGACUUCAGCCACAUUUUAGAACACUGUUCAAAAAUUCUGCAAACUUUCCUGUAGGAAGGGAGCUUACUAUAUGAAGGUGACUUGUUUUCUAUUUCAGAUUUUAUUUUAAAAGCCACAUCUGUUAAACAAGAAAAAACACAACCCCGAAUUCCUACUUCAUCAUUCUGUAUUCAUAACUUUAUUCACUUUUCCAAGUUACCUAUCUUGUUGCAUAAGCUGAUUGUUAACUAUUCAUGGAACAGCAAAUGCCUGUUUAAUAAAAGAACUCUGACCAAGGCUGUAAAUGCCAGUUACAUUAUUUUCAGUAUCAUUGGUUAUAUUUAAAUUUUCCUUAUAAUAAAACACACUUUUAUAAUAAAA